GAUGAGUCAUCCUCUGUUCUUACGCAUACUCGCCGAUGUUGAACGCGGAGUUCCUUGGUUCAACCAACGGUUUGAUGCGAGAGGCCGACGCAGGUUUAGUAGCGUCCAAAAGUGAACUGCCGCGCUCCGUCAGUUGGCGUACGGGACGACAAUCCGAUAUGUUCGACGAAUACUUAAAGAUGUCUGCUCGGAGCAUCAGGUCCUGUGUUUAUAAAUUUUCAAAAGCUAUUAUUCAAAUUUAUCAUAAAAGAUAUUUACGCAAGCCUACAGCGAGCGACAUCCAGCAGCCCUUCAGAACUUUGGACAUUUCAUGUCCAUGUUCCAGCAACCGGGAGGGUUUUCACAUUUCAAUCCGGGAUUAUUCUCGCAAUCCACGCCUCAAACUAAUGUCAUUCGCCCGAUCGUUCCGACAAACCUGAUCGGGGAGAUGGAUAAAGCGGGCCCGUCCCGGUCUAGGAGAAGUCGGUCCCGUAGGUCACAAACAAAAGUGACCUCGGACAGAAACGUGCGCUCAGUCCACAGCAAGGACGAGGAUUGGGACACUCCCCAAGCGCUCAAAAAAUUGAAGGGAAAGGAUGUUCAACCAGAAGGAUCUAGGAGGUCGGCCUUUCAAAGGCUGGGGCACGAUGGCCGAAAUCAAAACCGGUCAGCAAAGGAACGGUUGGGAGUGGAAACUAUCCCAGCUAGUGUCUUUAAUCGUACGGGGAGAGGAGUCGGACGACCUGGUCAGACCAGGCGGACGGAACCACCCCCACGCGAUGAGCCCCAACACAGCCGGACGCCACGAGAAGGAGAAGCCGAAAGCCACCCCAGACACACGACCCGUUCUCAUGCUGAACAACCACGGGAUCGUGUGGGCCGGGUCGAGGCACGUUUGGAAAAGCUGCAACGCAGGGUAGAUCGGGAGGAGAAGAAGAAGAUUCUGCUGAACGAAUCUCCGUUCACAGACCGGGUUCAUGAGACCCCUUUUCCAAAGAAGGCGAAGCUUGAAGUCCCGAAGUUCACCGGGAAGGAGGACCCGGAAAUUCACAUCAAAACCCUCCAUCAAAGUGGACGGAUGAUGGGUCUUUCCGGGGAUGAGAAUUGUCUACUUUUCUUUCAAACCCUCCGCGGCCGCGCCGCGGAAUGGUUUCAUAACUUACCGGCCGGCGAGAUCGAUUCAUUCGAUGAGCUGGCUGAGGUGUUUCAAGAAAAGUUUAAAGAAAACUGCACUAAGAGGAAGAAGUUCACCUACUUGAGUACAGCCGGGCAGAGAGAACACGAGGAUCUGACCAAAUUCCUUACCCGUUGGAAGGAUGAGGUUGACAAGGUGGAGGAGAUGGACGACAAAACGGCCAUGUCCCUCCUUGUAUCCGGGCUCCGGUCCGGAGAACUUUACAAGGAAUUCUGCAGGAGGCCUCCCCAGUCCUACCAAGAGGCCUACAACACAGCCUGGGAUUAUGCUGACGCCGAAGCACAGGUAUCGUGCAAAAGGGAGGCCGAGCAGGGACAUUCAAAGGGGAAAAUUUCCUUGAAAAAGGAAAUUGACCUUCCCGGUAGGGUGAAGGCGGAAGUCAUGGAAGUAAAGCUGGGCAAAACAGAGAAGAAACCGGCCGGCGAGAAGCAGUGGACGGAGAAGUAUUGCUCCUUUCACAAAACUGACUCCCAUAACACUGCAGAGUGCAACAGUGUGAAGGGAUUAGUAAAGCAGAUGAUUGAGGCCGGAGAGAUUGACCCUGGGUACCUAGCUCAGGCCAAACAAACGAGGAACCAAUGGGUCAGACCUGAAGGACAGCCGGCUGAGCAGUACAAGAAGAAAAAGGCAGCCGGCAAGGAGCAUUUACAGGUUAUCUAUGGUGGGCCGGAAGGGGGAGAUUCUGCUUCCCAAAGGAAGAAAUGGGGAAGAGAACUUUAUGUAGGGACGGUAGCCCUCAACCCCCGGUCAAAACAAGCAAGACGGGAACCGAUCACUUUCACUGACCGGGACCUUCCCGCCACCGGAGAGGAUCACAAUGACCCUCUGGUGAUUACUAUGGACAUGGGUGGAGUCGAUGUAUCCCGGGUACUUGUUGACACGGGCAGCAGUGUUAACAUUCUGUACCUGGAUGCGUUUGAGAAGCUCAAGUUGUGUCGAACACAACUUGAGCCUUUAAAGACUCCCCUGUCUGGGUUCACCGGGGACUCGGUCGAAGCUGAAGGAUCGAUCCUUCUAACUUGUGAACUGGGCACGGGCGAUCAGGUCGUCCAGAAGCAGAUGAGGUUUGUGGUUGUGAACAUCAAAUGUGUUCACAAUGCUAUCUUAGGCCGACCUGGGAUAAACAAGGUCCGUGGGGUCAUAUCCAUGGCCCACCUCUGUAUGAAGUUCUAUACCCCGGGCGGUAUAGGACAAGUCAGGGGAGAUCAAAAAAAGGCCCGGCAUUGCUAUCUGGAGGCUGUAAAGAAAAUGUCAAAGGCCUUUGAGAGAGUCACUUUGGUCUCUCAAGAAGAGGACCGGUCAAAAUUGGAACCGGGUGAUGAGACCGAGCAGAUCGUUCUCCGGGAAGCAUUCCCGGAAAGAAUGGUGAAGAUUGGCAGAGAUCUGCCUGGAGGACUUCGAGAUGAAAUCAUCUCGGUCCUUCGGGAAUAUGCAGACAUUUUCGCUUGGAGUGUGGCGGACAUGCCGGGCAUUGAUCGCUCUGUUAUAUGCCAUCACAUGCUUUCGAAACUAACGCAAGCUUGCCCGGAGCAUGUGUCCAAAUUGGCGAAAAUUGAGAUAUUAGACGUACCAAGUACGGACCGGUUUGAGGUUACAGCCAUCCAACCGGGCCAAAUUUCAUCAUCCGGGAUAAUCGGGGCAGACGAUGAUUGGAGGUACGAGCUCAUGGAGUAUUUGGAGACCGGUCGGAAGCCUAAUGAUGAGGAACGAGCCAGGAAGGUAGUCCUACGGGCUCCACGUUUCCAGGUGAUCGACGGCCACUUAUACAAACGAGCGAUUGGUGGACCACUCUUGCGUUGCCUCACCAAUCCGGAGGCUGAGCGGGUAAUCGCCGAGCCCGGUCUGAAUGAGACUGAGCACCUAGCUGAGCUAAAUCUGGUAGAAGAACGAAGGACCAUAGCAGCUGUCAAGAUGGCCGGCUACCAGCAGUCAGUGAAACGGUAUCAUGAUAACCGGGUAGGGCCGCGGUACUUCCAAGUACAUGAUGAAGUUUUGCGUAGAAGGGAGGCUAGUAAGCCUAAUGAGAGGGGCAAGCUGGUACGAAACUGGGAAGGGCCCUAUCGCAUAAAAGCAGUUGUCAGGCCGGGCACUUACCAGUUGGAAACAAUGGAAGGUGGCCGGGUCGAGCGACAUUGGAACUCUCACCACUUACGAAAAUUUUAUAGAUAAAGUGUAAUGAGUUCCCAGCCAUUAAUAAAAGUUCGUUCUUUUC